UCUCUUGUUAACAGAACCAACACAAAGCCCUGAAUCGAUAAGUUCUAUAGGCCGGCCCAUGAGUUGGUGCAUAUAAAGUCGGAAGGAAACCUUAAGCAAGAAGUUAAGCUAAAGAUCGAGAACUGAGGGUAGGGAAGAUGUUUAACUACAAGGCAGCGCCUAAGUACGCGAAUGCUAAAACGGCGGUGUGGUGGGACAUGAACGGCUGUCCGGUUCCAGAAGGUUAUGAUGCUGGUCGGGUUCGGCCGAGUAUAGAAGGGGCGCUGAAGGAGUUGGGAUACUAUGGUCCUGUAACCAUCACUGCCAUGGGCGACCUGGCGGAAGCACAUGCUCACUUCCUGCAAAGGCUCUCUUCCACUGGAAUCGUUGUUCAACACGCCAUCAACGCUUGGUUAGCCACACUCGUUUUCAAUGAUUUGAUGGAAUUCAAAAGAAAUAAUCCACCACCAGCUACAAUAAUGCUCAUAUCCGAUGAGUUGGACGGCAAAUUGAAUUUCCCUCUUGGCCGGAAUCAACAAAUUCAAAGUGGAUACAACCUUGUUCUGGCGAGUUCAUGUGGUGGGUCUAUGUAUCGUCUCCACCAUACUGCAGAUUGGCGCUGGAAAACCCUACUGGAGGCGGCGGCAUAUUCAGUGUCUCAGGACACAACAACAAGUUAUGUUCUUCGGAAAUGCAGUUCGUGGGGCGAUUCCUUUACCUUGUCGUCAUUUGUUUGCAGAGCAUGCAAAUUUACUGGCCUAAGCGUUGCAAGUUUCACCAGUCAUCUCUCCACUGAAGAACAUAAAAAGACGGACAAGGAGGAGAAGGAGAACUUCAGUGUGCCAGACUUCUCACCUUUCAUAACAGUAAAGAUGAACGACCAAGCCGCGCCUGAGUACGUGAAUUCUAAAACGGCUGUGUGGUGGGACAUGGACACCUGCCCACUUCCCGAUGGUUACGAUGCUCGCCGGGUCCGCCCAAGUAUAGAAGGGGCCUUGAAGGAUUUGGGAUACUAUGGUCCUGUAACCAUCAAUGCCAUGGGCAACCUGGAAAAUGCACAUCCUCACGUCCUCCAAGGGCUCUCUUCCACUGGAAUCCUUCUUCAACACACCACUAGGGUACGCUCAUAUAUUUAUCAUGAUUUGAGUAUGUUCAAAGUUGAUAAUCCACCACCAGCUACAAUAAUGCUCAUAUCUGAUCAAGUGGAACCCGUGUUGUCUAUCUUCCUUUCUCUGGAUCAUCAAAAGAGUUACUACAACCUUGUUCUGGCACGUACAUUUACUCCUCCGAGUAUGUCACGUCUCUGCCAUACUGCAGAGUGGCUCUGGCAAACCCUACUGGCUAGGUCUCCGGAGACAACAAGUUGUGUUCUUCGCAACUCUGCCUCGUCAUUUCUUUGCGGAUCAUGCAACUUUACUGCCCUAAGCGUUACAGAUUUCAGCAGGCAUCUCUCCUCUGAAGAACAUAAAAAAGAAGAGUUUUUUUCUAUCAAGUCUAGCCUGCCAGAGGACAGUGACGAGGGCGAGGAAUCAAUGGCAAAGAUUCCAAAGCGAAAACGUUCGAGGAAGAAAAAGCAUUCCGGAUGACUCAUGUACUUCUUUUUAAUAGGCGUCCCCUCCCGGCGUGGCCGCCCAUGAUAAUCUUAAGCCUUCAACAAAGAUAAAUGGUUGCACGAGUAGAUCAGUUUUUAUUUUAUUUCCCGUUUCUGUCUUUUGUGUUCCCAGGGAUGAUUUGAUUUGAGGAGGACUCGUUUGAAGUUCAUUUUUAUAUGGAUUGCAAUGGAUAAUUUAUGUAUUUCAAAAAUCUCUGUUUGAUAAAUUACACCUCGACUAUACUUGUCUUGUA